AUGAGUGUCUCAUUAACCAAAGUUCACUCGCGGUGCAAUACGGCAAACAUCAAUAGGUCAGCAGCCACAACUCCUCCAAGAGUAUCCAACAGCAUACCAAGAGAGAUUGCCAAAAGAGCAAUUCUGAGAAAGCUCACCAGGCAGUCCUCCAUAAUACGCACGGGACACAUAGGAAUUCUUUUGGAUAAGCCUAAAGGUAUUCACGUUGGCCUUGAAGCAGAAGCAAAGAACGGCUUCAAGUCGACCCUAACAGGGGGCGAGGAGCACGUCCCAGGUGAUUUCUCAUUUUGGAUAUGGCAAGAGCUGGUAAAAGAAUCCGCCGAUUUACAGAGGACUGAUCACCCAGGCAUGAUGGGGAAUGGCUUGCGGGGUAGCAAACGAGGCAUCAGCCGUCGUUUGCCAUAUUGCAUACGGAGUUGGAGAUUUGCGACGACGUCCGAGGUCACACUUACAUUCCACGACACAAAUUCUUCAAUCAGGCACCGUACACUGGGAAUAAUUUGCGAGGACAAUCCUUUGCAGGUCAUAUUGGUUCCCGCAAUAGAGAUUACGCCGCCGCCUGGAGUAGAGUCAUCACCAGCGGGGUCAUGGGUUGGGACUGAAGAGUUUGGCGAGGGAGAAGAUCUCGACAUGUAUCAUUUGGAUCCCAACUGUUUUGUACUGGACGGAAUCGAAGAGCACGAAGCGCCCGAGCAUGAUCAGCGAAACUCUCUGCAAUAUGUCUUGGGAGAUUGGAUGGGCGAUGGGGAGAUCUCAGAUAGUAGCAGCGAGGAUGAGGAAGGGUUUUAA